AGGAAGAACAAGGACAGAACGCAUGAAACAGCCUAAAUGUUCGGAUGAAAAACAGAAUCUUCGAAGAGUUGACAGGUUCGUAGCUCGUGCUGGUGGAGUUGCAUUUAACUCUUGGAUUUGCUUGUACCACCUCUACGAAAUCCAAAAAGCUGACAGAGUAUGUUCUUGCCCUUCGUCCUGGGGUCAUAGUCCAAAGCUCUCUCCUCAGAGAAUUCCAGAGCGUCUUCAUACACUUUUCGAUGAAAUUGGGGAAAAUAUUGAAGCUUACAAGCCAGGAACAAGAUGGCGUAACUUGUGCAAAAUGAAAGCAGAUUCUGUGUUUCAAGGACAUAGUGCAUUCCAAUCCUCCAAGAGAAGGAAGACAAGCACUAGCCAGGAAAUGACAGAGAGUCAGGGAACACCAACAAGGACACUCACAAGAAUUAUGCAGUUUUCUAAUUCUCCAGUAGAAAUGCUAUGCCAGUCAAUGGAAAAAGCCAAUGAAAUUCUAACAAAUGAUGGUGGGAGCUUUGAUGAAAUUGCAUUGUGUAAAAGAGCACUCUCGUCAAUUAAAAGUCACUUCCAGAACCUUUUCACUCGUCUGAAACUACUCUGUGAACAACAUGGGAUUAUCAUUGUCCAAGGAAUGUCAAAUUGGAAUGUAAUAGACACUUGCUUUGGAACAAUACAGAUAAACACUCAAGGGGAUGUUUUAAUAGAUAGUUGUGUUUGGGAA